UGUUCUUUUACUGCAGAUGGAGUUUUUUGAUCGACACAAGGUUGGUGAGUUGAAUGGUUUGAUAACGUCUGAUUUGAGUUCUCUUAAAGAUAUUGUUAGUGAAAACAUUUCAAGGGAUCGUGGUUUUAGAGCACUUUCCGAGGUUGUGGGAACGUUAAGCAUACUGUUUGUACUCUCUCCCCAGCUGGCUCCAAUUCUGGGGCUACUGAUGCUCUCGGUGUCCUUAUUAGUUGCUCUAUACAAACAGUCAACCAUACCUGUCUUCAAAGCUCAUGGAAAGACACAAGCAUCCAUGUUCGAUUGUGCAACUGAAACAUUUUCAGCUAUUCGUACUGUUAGAUCUUUUGGUGGUGAGAAGCGUCAGAUGUCAAUGUUUGGUAAUCAGGUUCUUGCUUACCAGACUAGUGGCAUAAGGCGGGGAAUUUCCAAAUCUGCAAAUGAAUCCCUGACUAGAGUUGUAGUUUAUAUUUCUUUGAUGGCUUUAUACUGUCUUGGAGGAAGCAAAGUGAAGGCGGGUGAACUCUCUAUUGGAACCGUGGCUUCUUUUAUUGGAUAUACUUUCACAUUAACUUUUGCUGUUCAAGGGUUGGUUAACACAUUUGGUGACCUUCGUGGAACUCUUGCUGCUAUUGAACGGAUUAAUUCUGUUCUAUCUGGGACUGAAAUUUAUGAGUCCCUUGCUUUUGGUUUAGAAAGAGAACUCCAAAAGAAUGAAGUGGAUGAUGGUAGUCUCAGAAUAUUCCUUGGCAAUGGUUCCACUGAGAAAAAUCAAGCUCUAAAUAUGCAGUACAUGACAGCCUUGAAAUCAUCUAGUAGUGGGUGUAGUCUAGCUUGGUCUGGUGACAUUUGUUUAGAAGAUGUGUAUUUCUCUUAUCCUUUGAGACAUGACGUGAAAAUCCUGAAUGGUCUUAACUUAAAACUAAAAUGUGGGACUGUAACAGCUCUUGUGGGUCCGAGUGGUGCAGGAAAAAGCACAAUUGUACAGCUAUUGGCACGCUUUUAUGAGCCAACUAGAGGUCGUAUUACGGUGGCAGGAGAGGAUGUUCAAACAUUUGACAAGAGUGAAUGGGCUCGGGUUGUCUCUAUAGUAAAUCAGGAACCUGUCCUAUUCUCAGUAUCUGUUAGAGAAAAUAUUGCAUAUGGAUUACCAGAUGAUAAUGUUUGCAAGGAUGAUGUGAUUAGAGCCGCCAAAGCUGCAAAUGCUCAUGAAUUCAUAAUUUCUCUUCCACAGGAUUAUGACACAUUAGUUGGUGAACGUGGAAGCCUGCUGAGUGGUGGACAGAGGCAGAGGAUUGCUAUUGCCAGGGCUCUGCUAAAAAAUGCUCCAUUUCUGAUUCUUGAUGAGGCUACCAGUGCUUUAGACACAGUGAGUGAAGGCUUGGUCCAGGAAGCUCUUAACCACCUGAUGAAGGGGAGGACCACAUUGGUUAUUGCUCAUAGAUUAAGCACAGUCCAGAAUGCACACCAAAUUGCUGUUUGUUCGGCAGGGAAGAUUGCAGAGCUAGGGACCCAUUUUGAGUUGUUGGCUCAGAAGGGUCUAUAUGCAUCACUGGUUGGAUCUCAAAGGCAUGCAUUCGAGUGAUUUGACCAGGAACGAAAGAUAGCAGUUCAUUUUCUCAGAUGCUCAAGUAUGCUGUGGUUUGAAAGCAGAAGCCCUGAGUGGAGGUUGCUUGAGGGGACUGUUUCAGCUGUUAUAUUAAAAUCAAUCUACAAGGUUUAAUGUUGUAAUUUAUAGUUUUAUCUAAGUUCAUGGUUGGAAUACUCGAACUUGCAAAUUUUUCUAAUUGUUUUGGGCAAAAAUCAAUUUCAGGUUCCUGCAAGCUGGAGGCACUGAUUGUGGGUUAGAGUGGAGGUUUUGUUGCAGAUUUGCUGGCGAAAAUGCCAAUAUGUUAAGCAAAUUUUUUGUUUCUUUCUAAUUUUUGUUGGU